CUGCCAUCCCAGACUCCUCCACACAACGCCUUCCCACAGUUUAAGUAUGGAACUGCGAAACCUCCCCUCUUGGUUCUUAAUAUCUCAGAGGCUGCACGUGUCGGCCACUACACUCUCCGUCUUCCCCUGGCAAAAGAUCUGGACGCACCACCCUUUGACGUCCAGCGUUACGAGCCCGACAAGGCAACAUUUCCGGACAAAACCUUUGAACUGAAAACACCGAAGCGUGAGCUGCAGUCGUCUGGCGGUCUGGGUGGUGGCAUGUCUGGCCAAGACAGUCUCAAAAUCACUGGAUUGGAUCUCCUCCUGAUCGGACCUCUUGACCGGGAGACUGAAUCCAGUUAUGAAUUUCAGAUCUUUGCGAUCGACGGCGGUCUGAGUACGCCUCUCACUGGCACUCUGUCGGUUCGCAUUCUCGUGACUGACGCCAACGACAAUGCGCCCACAUUUGAACGCAGUACCUAUGAGAAGAACGUGAAGGAGGGUGAAACAGGCAUCGAGAUCCUCCAGGAGGAGCUGACCGAUUUGGAGCUAAGACGCCUGGGCCAGCAAAUGACACCUGAUCGCUUGGCUCAGCUACAGGAACUGCCCAACUAUUGGUUUCGUUUGGACCCCCUGACGGGCAGUAUCUACGUGCACCGAGCCCUCGACUAUGAGACAAAACCGGGAUUUGUUUACUACAUCUGGGCUGUUAAUCCCAGUCCACCAACCAGGGAUGGAUUUGACCAGAGCCCAGAUAUGUCCAAACCCUCGAAGAACUCUCCAUCGACAACGAAAGUUAUCAUACAUGUUAUAAAUCUUAAUGAUGAGAAUCCACAGAUCACCGUUGAUUACGUGAGCAAUGAGGACGUCAAACACAAGCGGGUUAUGGAGAACGGAGACGUUGGCUUUUUUAUCGCCCUUAUACGCGUCACUGAUGCGGACGCUGGAUAUCUCAAGGGCCCGCGGCGUGCUGAUGAUCCCUACAGUCUUGAGUCCUCUAGCCUACCCUUCGAUCAUACCUUUUUAUCAAUGUCCGACCUCGCGGGCACAAACGACCCACAUGGUGCCGGACAAGUAUCUUGCCAAUUGAUCAGUUAUGAGGCGAACUACACUCUGAGUGAGAGACCAGAUUCCCUGGGAAAGGAGUACGUACUGUCUACGAGAACACCCCUUGACAGGGAGGCGGAAGAACGUCAGUUCAUCGAGGUUGCGUGUUCCGACCAUGGCUCUCCGCCGAGGACUUCGACAGCCACAGUAGAGGUGGAGAUAUUGGACCAGAACGACUGCGACCCGGAAAUCCAGGUCUACUCGAUUCCCGCAACUCGCACUGGAAGAACACUUCAGUCGCCCCUGCCUCGAAGCCGUCUAGCACAGGUCCUAAAUGAAUUUCCUAAAUCACAACCAACCCCAGUCGAUCAUUCCUUAUUUGCUGCCUAUUCUGCCGGCAUCCCCGUCGUGCCGGUCAGCAUCUUGGAAAAUCAGCUUGCCGGCGUGACUGUAGUUUCGGUUCGUGCUGUCGACGAUGACGCCGGUGCCAAUGGACAGGUCAGCUUUAAGAUCAUAAAGGAAGAAACUUCCUUUCCACACGUCAGUGCCACCUCACCUCAAGACUACCCCACGGGACGUUAUCCAGAAGCCGAACUGGACUUCUCUGCUCCACAUGUCCACAUUGCGAGUGACAUCGAGGCGACAGACCUAUUUCAGGUAACAUCAAAUCUAGUUUUUCAAUCAAAUCCUUCCCUUUUAUAG